AUGUCUAAGUGUCAGAACACCUCGAAGCCACGGCAGCCAAAAUUGAGGGCUUCUUGUGAUGGAUGCUUCCUCGCCAAGGUCAAAUGCAGCAAAGAACGUCCAAUUUGUUCUCGAUGUCUGACUACUGGUGCGGAGUGUGGUUAUAGUCCGUCAUGUCGGACUGGGAAAUCAAAAUCUACGAAUCCGGGAAUGGAUCAAAGGCCGUCCAAUUCUUCUCUUGAGAACCUCUACGAAGAACCAGCUGUCACAUAUACAACCCUGAGUCAAGAUAUGUCGUACCCAGAAGAGCCUCCACCUUUCGCUUCCAAUCCAGGAUGGUCACCUAUGCCUCCUCAACCACAACCAGAUCACAGAUUUCAUCGACGGUCGAUAUCGACGUCAACCGCACCUCCAAUGAUCCGAGAUCCAAGUUCGACCCCAGAAUCCAUCAGUAACACAGCGACCAUGGAAGCAUUUGAUCCGCAGUUCCAAUUCCCACAAGGCAUGAGAGGGCCUGGCUCAUCUAGUUUUCAUUCCAUGAGAUCAAAAUCCAUGGCAGAGAUCCCAGCAUUCCCGCCGAUGGAACCCUACUUUGAAGGAGGUCAGCCUGAUGUUAUGAUGUUCGGACAGAUGCCGGGCAUGGGUCAAUUUCAAAAAGAUGUUUAUCAGCCCAACGAAAUGAUCGCUAACCCUUCUACAUGUAAUUGCUUUGACAAUUCACUCCAAGCAUUACAAGCACUCCACCAGCAUACAGCAAAUAACAUUCAAUCACCAUCAUUCGACGUCGUUCUUGUUGUAAAUAGGCGAGCGGUUGAGAGCUGCGCUAUCAUGCUGGACUGCCCGAAAUGUAUCACUGGAGGGAAUGGAAAUUCAAAUACCAGUACGAUGUUGCUGGCGACUAUAGUUGGCAAGGUUACUUCAUUCUAUCGUGCCGCGUCACAAAACUACUUUGGAUUCACAAGUCAAAAUCAAUACCAGCCGCAACAACUCUCGCUCACGAUUGGGGCUUACAAGAUCGCUGAGGAAGACGGGAGAUGGUUAGAAAUGGAGAUACUUCUUCGAGAGCUGAGAAAGCUCGAGGAUGUCUUGGGGAAGUUUCAAGACGUGGUUAGCAAGGACGAGAUGGAGGAACAUGGCGGCGUGCAGAAUGCUGUUCUUAGUUAUCUCAGGCAGAGCUUGAACGUGACAUUCGAAGUCCUCAACAUGAGGAGGAAUAUGCCACAGAGCUCACGUGGUUAA